CAUUGAUUAUAUUUUAGAUCCUUCAAUUUUUUUUUAUAUUUGCAUAAAAUUUUCUGCGAGACUACCGGAAAAGAAGAUUGUGACCUUCAGCGUGUGUUCUCGAUAAAGAACGGUUGCAUUACAUUUUACAAGUCUAUACAAAUAAAAUGGCUCCACCAACAUAUGCAGAUCUUGGAAAGUCCGCAAAAGAUAUCUUCAGCAAAGGAUACAAUUAUGGAGAAUGGAAAUUGGAGGCAAAAACAAAAACAGACAGCGGAGUAGAAUUCACAACUACUGGAAGCCACAGUGAUAAAGGAAUAAUCAGCGGAAGUCUAGAAACUAAAUACAAAUACUCCGAUUUAGGUCUCACAUUCAAGGAGAAAUGGAAUACCAGCAAUGUACUGUUCACAGAAAUUGCCAUUGAAGACCAGUUAGUGAAAGGACUGAAAUUGGAAUUCAACACAUCUUUUGCUCCUCAAACCGGAACAAAGAGUGGGAAAAUCAAAACCAGUUACAAAAUGGAUUAUUUAAAUCUUGGUUGUGAUGUGGACUUUGUUUUUGCUGGACCAACAAUCAACGCAGCAGCUGUACUGGGAUAUAAAGGCUGGCUAGGAGGUUACCAAAUGUCCUUUGAUACGUCCAAAUCUAAGCUGACAAAGAAUAACUUUGCUGUAGGUUAUGAAGCUAGUGACUUCACAAUUCACACUAAUGUGAAUGAUGGAGCUGAAUACUGUGGGUCUAUCUACCACAAGAUCAGGAAGGAUCUGGAGGGAGGCGUGAAACUCUCCUGGUCCUCAGCCAAGAGCACCUCCCUAGAGCUCGGCACCAAGUACAAGAUUGAUGGAGACUCAUCCGUGUCUGCCAAAGUUGACAGCAACAGCAGAGUUGGUUUAGGAUACACAACAAAACUUAGAGAUGGAGUGAAGCUUACAUUGUCUGCCCUGGUGGAUGGUAAGAACUUCAAUGCCGGAGGACACCAGCUGGGACUUGGACUAGAUUUUGAGGCUUAAGUUGUGACUUGAUUGACUUUGUUGACUUGUAAAAUGUAACCCAGACAUUCAGCAGUGAGAGUGGACUUCAUCAGAUCUCAGAGGAUUAUUUCUAUUAUUCAUUCAUCAUGUUCAAAAGCCGUCUUCAGAGAUAUUUUAAUGGUUAAGCUUCUCUUUGUCAUUUGUAUGGAAAUAGUAAAAAACUGAAAAGUAAAAUUGAUCUGAUGUCAUAAAAUGUUUUUGUUUUGUUUUUGUAAGUUUCUUUUUAAUUUUCCUUAAAAGAUAAGAUGUGGAGCUUUGGAAGGGGGUUUGCAUUCAGAUUUUGUUUUGUUUGCCUUGCUGUGAAUUUGGAUGGGAGAAUCAGAUUUGUUUCAGAUAUUUAAGAAUGAUAUUUAACUUUAUCAUGUUGAAUACAUUUUCCAAUAUCAUGAUUAAGAUAUAUUACUCAUAUACUAUUGCUUAAAUUUUGAAAUAAUUUUUAUUUCUUUUAAAUCUGAAUAUCUCGACUUGCUAAAUAAAAUACAAUUUAAAUUGUAAAGGCAUUGUUUGUUCCCUCAUAUUAAGAUCUGGGUUCUUAAUACAGAAAAUGUAAAAUGUUGUGUGUUUUGUGCAAUUAUAUGUUAAGAUUGUAAAUAUUACAGUAAAGGUGUAUUUAUUUUGCUUUGCAUAAGCAUCACUGAAAUGCUGUACAAAUAUUCAACAGAAGUAGCAAUAGAUUUAUCCAAUUUACCUUUUCAUGUACGCCACUCAUUAAUUAAAGCUUACCAAAUUUA